AUGGCUUGUCUCCCUCCCGAAGCCUCAGAAGUCAUUCUGCGCUCUCUCGGGGUCGCCACCGCCUCCCUUCCCCGCAACUUUGUGCUCAACAAGUACCUCCGCGUCAUCCUCGACGGCUCCCAGCACGGUUUACGCGCCCAGCCUUUUCACAACCUCAACUUGCUCCCCGAAUGGCCUCAGCCCGACUCUAGUCAGCGUCAAGCCCGCCGGCUUCAGCACUACACGUCACAAUCCACAUCUACGCGCGCCGUCGCUUACGACCCAACCUCACUCGCACAAGCGGUUGAACACGAUGCACCCGACGGUGCCAAGAGACUGUUCAGAGACCCGCUCCAGGGUCUGAGGAUCGCGGUCCUCGAGCUCGCCAAACUCAGCGAUUGCGGCUCUCCGUGGCUCGUUCUCGACGAUCCGGAUAUCGGGAUGUCAUUCGUCAACAUCCGGGUGCUGUCGAUACGAAAGCUUCACGCUCGCGCGCCCGUGUUCGUCGUUCUCUAUCGCGCCUUCGACCACGGCUCAGCUGAAGGCCCCAUGGCUCGCACCUGGGUUCGCGCACAGAUCGCAGAAGCACCGCUGGAUCCCCGCAAUAAAGGCGUGGAGAGCAACACUUUCAAAGGAGAUAUUGGCUUGCUGAAGCUGCUCCUCACGCUGCUCUGGAUGAACCAGAGGCUCGUCCCGCCCGGCUUCCCCGUCCAGCGCCGCCCCGAAGAAGCUGACUAUCAGGUGUCGGUCCUCGGGCCUAUCGGGCCUCCGUACGCCCUGUCCGUCGUGGGGCUUGAGGAGCGCCUGAUGUGUGCGGUCUGCAAGGAGACCCCGGUGAAGGAGUGUUCUCAGUGCUGCUCCGUAGGGUACUGCAGCAAAGAAUGUCAACGCAAGCACUGGGCCGUGCACCGACGCGGCUGCCUCCCUCGUUCCGGCGUCCGCUGGGUCACCUUCCAAGCCGGCACUCUCCGGUCCGACCUGUCGCGCUUCGGACCCCCGCCCGGCUCCCGCCUUGCUGACAGUCACAGGACGACCGAGCUCGUCCAGUACCAGGCUCCCACUCCGCUCCGCCCCAGCAAGCCGUUCGUGCUGAAGCUUCUGCCCACGGGUCCCUCUGUUCUCGCACAGUCGCUCGGGUUCGGCGACCAGGUCUACGGACAGAUCCAGGUGGUCGACGUCAAACGCGCGCUCAUGAUGGCCAUCCGUCCGGAGGACUGCACCGCGGUCUUCGAGGCGCUGAGGACCGAGCUGAGCGGGACGAAAGGCAUAUACCGCUGGGCGAAGAGGACUGGGCAAUGGACCUACUGCGUCUGCGUGGACCGCGUGCCUCCGGCGGAGCUCUCCGGUUGGUGA